AUCAAGUUUGAACACUGUUCCUCUGGUUUCACUGACGCUGUGAGAAGGAACCAAAAUGCCAGUAAACGUUCAGGUCUCUGUGGUGGACUGCACGGGCCCCCGCCCCACGGGAGUACAAGUCAGCAGCAACAUUCCACACACGGGCUCCGAAGACGAAGGCGCAAAACGUCCUCCACCCCAACCCCGCACCAGAGGCAACGCUUCUUUGUGACACCCAAGGGUAUGAUGGGUGUGGCGGGCUGGACACUCGUCCUUCUCUCCUCAGUCAUGAUGCCUGUGGCAUCCCAGAAGCCUCCAGCCCUCAGUGUGGGUGUGAUAAUGGGCCAGACACGUCCGGUAGCCGACCCGAACCUUCGGCCUCCUCGACGCCCAGAUGACCCAUUAGAUACCUCUGUAGUUAUUCUGAAGAUCAACCAGACGGACCCAAAGUCUAUAAUCACACAGGUGUGUGAACUUGUGUCUCGCACUCGUCUCCACGGCCUUGUGUUUGCUGAUGGCACCGAUCAGGAGGCCAUUGCCCAGAUCUUGGACUUCCUGUCAGUUCAGACACAGCUUCCGGUUUUGGGAGUUCAUGGUGGUUCUUCUAUGAUAAUGGCUGAUAAGGAUGAGAAGUCCACUUUCUUCCAGUUCGGCGCAGCCUUGCAGCAGGAGGCUUUGCUAAUGCUUGCAAUCAUGGAGGAGUAUGACUGGCAUGUUUUUUCUAUCGUAACUUCCAAGUUCCCCGGCUAUCAGGAUUUCAUAAGCACUCUGAAAGUGACUGUGGAUCACAGCUUUGUGCGCUGGGAUCUGCAGAGUGUGGUGACACUAGAUGCUGUCGAUGGUGACCCCAACUCAAAAUCACACAUAGCCCUCAAGAGGAUACAGAGCCCUGUUAUACUGCUGUACUGCUCCAAGGAUGAGGCAGUAUAUAUCCUGGAGGAAGCUCGGUCGCUGGGUCUAAUAGGAGCCGGUUACAUCUGGAUUGUGUCAAGUCUCACCACUGGAAAUCCAGACUUUACCCCUGAGAUGUAUCCCUUGGGUAUGAUUUCCGUUUCCUAUGACGACUGGGAAUACCCACUGGAGACACGGGUGCGGGACGGGGUGGGCAUCAUUUCCUCCGCAGCUACCUCCAUGCUCCGGGAGAAGGGGGAGCUGCCUGAGGCCCAGACCAGCUGCUUCAGUACACCAUCAGACAGGAGCCCUGGGAAGCUCCCACCUAGUGCCCUGCGCAGACACAUGAUGCAUGUGUGGAAUGAAGGACGAGAUCUCUCCUUUACUCCUGAUGGUUACCAGGCCAACCCUAGAUUGGUUGUCAUUGUCUUGAACAGUGAAAGGAAAUGGGAGAAGAUGGGCCGCUGGGAGAACGGAACCCUUUCACUCAUGUUCCCAGUGUGGCCAAGGUAUAAUGCCCAUGGGGAUGAAGAUGCUGAUGAGAACCACCUCUCCAUCGUUACUCUGGAGGAGAAGCCUUUUGUCAUAGUCGACAAUGUAGACAUCCUCACCGGCACCUGCAAUAGAAAUUCUGUUCCCUGUCGUAAACAUGUCAAACUAAACAGCACAGCAGGAGGUGCCUAUAUCAAACAGUGCUGCAAAGGUUUCUGUAUCGACAUUCUUAAGAAGAUUGCCAGGAACGUGAAGUUUACUUAUGAUCUUUAUCUGGUCACCAAUGGAAAACAUGGGAAGAAGAUCAACAAUGUGUGGAAUGGCAUGGUUGGAGAGGUGGUGUACAAGAAGGCCAUCAUGGCUGUGGGGUCACUGACCAUAAACGAAGAGAGGUCAGAGGUCAUCGACUUCUCUGUGCCCUUUGUGGAGACUGGCAUCAGUGUCAUGGUGUCACGCAGCAAUGGAACUGUCUCACCCUCUGCAUUCCUUGAGCCCUUCAGCGCAUCAGUUUGGGUGAUGAUGUUUGUGAUGCUGCUCAUUGUCACAGCCAUCGCCGUCUUUCUCUUUGAGUUUGUCAGUCCACUGGGCUUCAACCGCAACUUGGCCCAAGGCAAAGACCCCCAUGGUCCAUCUUUCACCAUUGGAAAGGCCAUAUGGCUUCUGUGGGGUCUGGUUUUCAACAACUCUGUGCCUGUGCAGAACCCAAAAGGCACCACCAGUAAAUUCAUCGUCUCCGUGUGGGCCUUCUUUGCUGUAAUCUUUCUGGCCUCCUACACUGCUAACCUGGCCGCUUUCAUGAUCCAGGAAGAGUUUGUGGACCAAGUCACGGGACUGUCUGACAAAAAGUUCCAAAGCCCGUAUUCCUACUCCCCUCCAUUUCGCUUUGGGACGGUUCCCAACGGCAGCACUGAGCGCAACAUUCGAAAGAACUACCCAGAUAUGCACCAGUAUAUGACUAAAUACCACCAGACAGGCGUCGUGGAUGCGCUGGUCAGCCUCAAGACAGGAAAGCUGGAUGCCUUCAUUUAUGACGCUGCAGUCCUUAACUACAUGGCGGGCCGAGACGACGGCUGUAAGCUGGUGACCAUCGGCAGUGGUUAUAUAUUUGCCACCACAGGUUAUGGGAUCGCCCUACAGAAAGGAUCCUAUUGGAAACGUCACGUUGAUCUGGCCAUACUUAGCAUCAUAGGAGAUGGUGAGAUGGAGGAGCUGGAGGCACAGUGGUUGACUGGAAUCUGUCAUAAUGAGAAGAAUGAGGUGAUGUCAAGUCAGCUGGAUGUGGACAACAUGGCAGGGGUCUUCUAUAUGCUGGCUACAGCUAUGGGCCUCUCCAUUCUCACUUUUAUCUCUGAGCACCUUUUCUACUGGAGGCUGAGAUACUGCUUCACUGGUGUCUGCUCCGGCAGGCCGGGCAUGCUCUUCACUAUCAGCAGGGGUAUAUGGAGCUGUAUACACGGCGUUCACAUUGACAUGAAGAAGAAGACACCUGAGCUGGACUUCAGUCCUCAAGCCAACAUGCUACACUUACUCAAAUCUGCCAAGUCCAUUGCUAUGUCAUCACCCAAACGCAACACUGUCCUUCUUCAACCCAGCAUCCUAGAUAUGAUGUCAGGAAAAGGUAACUCACUCCACAGUCUCCCUCAGAAGGGUCCUGGUCUCUAUAGCAACGCUUCAGGUCCACAGGCUUUCCUGUCACUGUCCGGGCGACAUAAAAACCACCUAAACAAUUCUGCACCAUUUCCAGGACAACAACAAGCCCCCACUCUCCAGACCAGCCCUAACAAGCCCCAGCUGUCAAUCACAAACGACAAUGGCAAGAACCGCCUUGCGGGGCCUGCCAUUGCUGCAUCAAAGCCACGGGCCCUAUGGAAGAAAAGUGUGGAGACGCUGAAGACUCAGCCAAGUGUUGUGUCUCCAGGGGGCCCAAGCCCCACCCCAGCUUCAGGGACAGGACCUCCACAGAUGAAGAGCCAGCGCUACCUGCCAGAAGAGCCACAACCGUCUGACAUAUCAGAGUGUUCAAGUCGGCCACAAUCACACAAAGACUCAGACUCCAUGGGUGCAAGGGGUGGAUUCAAGCCAAUCAAUCAGCUGAGGAAAAGGGGCGGAGGUGGUGGUAGUGGAGGAGGAGGAGGUGGUGGUGGUGGAGGUUCCAAGAUCUAUUCCAUUGACUCUGACCAGGCCAGCCUCCAAUCUGCUCCUCUGUACCAACGAGACAGCCAGGGGGGAAGUGAUGAACACAGUUACCCCCCUGACCUCUUUCCACCUGACAGCACUUACUCACACCAGUCAGAUGCACCCAUUAUGCAGCUAAGCGCCAGCCUCCUCCACCACAGUCACAGCGCCGAGGCUGACCUGCACUCCCUGAAGGACAAGAAAUACAGUACCUACACACACAGCAGCGCAAAGGACAAAUCAGCAAGUUCUUUCGAAGCUCCAGGGUCAGGCUCAGCGACACAAGGCUCCAGGCCAAGUCACUGUCGCACCUGCCUCAGCAAGCUCAGUGGUUAUUCUGGUCUGUACACUGUUCGCUCCCCUCAAGCUCGCUGUGAUGCAUGUGCCCAUCUGGGAAACCUGUAUGACAUCAGUGAAGACCACCUGCACUCACACUACAGCCACACCCACCCACAAAGCAGUGACAUGUUUACUCACUACCUUCCCCAGAGUGAGCUAGACCUGGUGGGUGAGGGGGACGGUCUUGUCAGCCACUUUGAGCCAACCCCAUCUUCACCAUCUCCUCUGCCCACCUCUCCAUCCGCCCAGCACCUUCAGUUAAGUCGUCAGCACUCCUACGAGAAUGUGCUUCCAGAUGGCAUUCCUGAGCGACAGUCCCAGUCUCACCACCACAUGCGAGGACUCAGCCUGCCUGACAGAGAUCGGGACAGGGAGCUGAUCCUUGAUGAUGGGGCUUAUGCCAAUGUUCUCACAAUACGCUCUGACCGGCCAUACAGCAGCCGCAGCCCACCCUCUCCAUCUCCAUCCCACCACCACAGCUUGGACAUCCCAAUGCCUAUGCCACGGCGCUCAAAGAGCCUUCUGCCAGAUCGCCCGUCGCAUAACCCCUUUCUGCAUUCAGCCCCAGGCACAGCACAACGAGACUCCACCUCCCAGGCUACCACGCGCUUGCCGCAGAAAACUUCCUCCCACGACCUCUAUAAACAGAGGAUGCAGCUGUCGCUCACCCUCGGCAACCAUGGCAGCCAUCAUGUCAACCAGCAUGGAGGCCAAGUCGAUCAACAGGUGUUUUACCCUCAGCAGGAGCCUCCUGUCGUGGCCUACAUGGUCCCACCUGCUGCCUCGCAGCCAAUGAGCUAUGUGACUGCACCGCGAGCCUCGAGUGCAGGUGGAAACCGGCCCCGGCUCUACCGUCGCAUGCCGAGCAUUGAGUCUGAUGUCUGAGAGUCACAAAAACACACGUUUACUCUCACUAAAAACAUACAAAGGCAGGCAUGUAAGGAGAAGGUGUGUGUGACUGGACCCGGCAGCUCUGUUCCGAAGCACAUAUGAAGAUACAAACACAGACAGACACACAUAGAUGUGAAAAACUCCAGGCUCAGCAGUGGACCAAAGGGGUUAAUAGAGAUACAGAAUAAAUACAUUUUCCUAUUAAACCCUGUGCAGGGCAGGAAAGGGGCCACAGGGACACCUGGAGGCAAAGUUGCAAAAUUAAUAGUGUGUGUGCGUGUCAGUGUGUGUACUAGCCUAAAGCUGUGGGCAGCGGGGCACAGGCUGACAAUACUUCUAACUAGAAGGAUGGGACUCCUUGUGGAAUAAGUGGAAUACUGAUCGCAGAAUAUAAGGCCAACAGUGGGAUCAGACAUCAAAACCAACCAAAUGUUAGAAAGACAAACAAACCUAUCCCACCCUACCCAAGAAAAAGGGAUGCUUUUUUUCUGAGGUUACACACAUAUACAUGGGUAUCACCCAGACAUAAUCCAUCGCCCCAAACUUCCUAUCCAGAACUCUCCUGUUGCACUAUGAUUUCUCCUUUAGUUAACCCCAUUGUUGUCUGAGCCUUCGAAAUGCACUGCCAGCAUGGCUUAAAGAGUGGUCCACUACGCCGAAGUAAUCCUUGACUUGAAUCGGAAUUAUGAUCUAUGUAAUGAUGGAAAUGCAGGCAGCUGGUUGGGUACAGGUGAAGCUCCUGCCUGCAGAUGUACAAACGCUUGAACACACACCCAAACUUAAAAAAAAAAAAAAAACAGAUUCUGUCUGUUUUUUAAGGGGAAGUUAAACUUGCAGACUGUUUAUCGUUGAUGUCAGUUAAUUGAACAUUCCAAAAAGUGGACCAAAUGUGGCCACUGAAAAAAAAAAGCCUCUCAGGAUGAGAGUGUGUGUUCCUGAGUUUCUAGAUCUAACAAAGUGCAGCAUCCUUGCUUCCUCUUAGCUAGCCUUCAGGUCUUACUGCAUGCUUCCUACUGCCCUGUGCUACACUUAAACUCCUUAUACAGGGUCAUAUAUGCACAGGCACUCACACCCGCACAAACACAAGGUACAUGCACAUUAUGACAUACACGCACAUGUGCAUAUUCGCAGUAGUUUAGGAUUGUAGAAUAGGGUGGGUGUGUGUGAGUGUGUGUGAAGCUAUGAAAUAGCUUCUCUUUGUGCACUUUGUAGAUUUUAUACCCCCCCGCCACCCACACAGACGUUUGACCAAAAAACACUUUUAUACUAAAAAAAUAUGAAUAUUCUCAGUCACUUGCUGGAUAGAUGUUUUCUUUUUCUUCUUAUUUCUCUUUAGCGUUGGAUUUUAGGGCACCAUGAAAGGGAAAGCUCUUCCAGAAUCAAAUGUUUUAUAGAGUUAGACAAAGGGUUACUGCAUCAUGCAUACAGUAUACAUAACACAAACACUUUUCUCCUUCUUUGUUUACUUUUAUGUGCUCAUCCCUCCUUUGAGCCUUUUUCUGCUUACCCUAUCAGUUUGUUUCCAUUUAUUCUCUCUACUGCUUCGUAUUGCUCUUCCCUUGCUUCCUGAUGUAGAGUAGAUAAAGUAUCAAAAGAGUAAAGUUAAGUCUCGAUGUGAAAAAAAAAAAUCAAAUUUUGCUGGAAUUCACUUAUCAGUAGUUGUGAGAAAUCAUUGGACUCAGCACUGUCUCUCAUAGGAUGCAUUGUCUUUUUUUAAUACUCUAUGUAGAACUAAAGGACUUGCUGACUUUUUUGAUGUUUUCGUGUUGAAUUCUUAGGCAAAUUGCAUCGUCAGGUACAGGUUUUUCCUCAUUGAAAUAAUUGUCAGAGUAGCUGGUACGGUACUUUAAUGCCUCUCUUUCAGUGAGAGUGCAGUGUUGUGCUUCAUCCCAGAGAGGCACGUGGCAAAGGCAGAGUUUCCAAAGGGACUCGUUUCAGAAGCAGUAUACACACAUACAAGCACUCACUUGACAGGCCGGCAACGUGCGUAUGAGUGUUUUAGAAAUCCAUAACCUACUGAGCAAGGGCAUUGAUUUUUCAGCUCAAGGAUUUUGAUGGAAACAGGACUUGAUAUCCCAUUAGUUGAGUGUCUGUCCAUAUUCUCUUUUUUUUUUUUUUUUUUUUGCUAUUCUACCUUCUCUUUCACAUGAACAACUACACUCACUUAUAUACAGUACAUAAGUGGAAAGAUAAUGCAGGACAGUUUGUAAACAAAACAAAAAAGACUAAAGAGACGCACCUUUGACUGAUGAGUGCUGGCCCUUUUUUGGUCAUUUUAACAGGUUUGUUGUGAGUUAUAUGCAUAAUAUCAGGUUGCAAUAUUAUACUUCUGUAAAAAGAUUUUUUGUUUUAAUUGUUAGAAAAUUAUAAUUUCUUUGAUUUGAAUGGUAUUAAGUACUGAACUCAUUUCAAAUGCAAUGUGGCUUUUUUAGUUCUGUUUUGAAAAAAAUUAAAGGGCAUGUUUAGAUUUCUUCUGUCAUUUUACAUUCCCUCCCCCUUCCCUCCUUCCUCCAAAAUGGCAUAGGCUUGGAACUCAGUAGAAUAUUUCCAGAUGGGAUAACACACUAGUUAACUAUUUGGGUCAGCUAACCUGUUAACCUACUACGCAUAGAUGAAUCAUUUUCGAUGACUGUCCAGCCUGUGUGGUUUGAACAAAAUCCCCAUCCCGCCUACUGUUUCUCCACCAUGAGUCUGUGCUUUAUCACCUUUGAGAGUGCAAAUAUUUUCUGUGUGUUCCACAAUGCAAAAUGAUUUGUAUAAAACAGGAAGUGUGAAUGUAGAGGUUCCAGGUUGUGUGUCCAAGUAUUUGUCUUGUGAGGACAGUGUAAUGGCAAUUUUUCAGAAUUUCCCCAUUGUGGGACAAUAAAGGGAUUUUCUAUUGUCUAUUCUAUUCUAUCGGCUUACAGGUACUUAUGGGGACCUGUCAACUGGUCAAAAGGUAAGAAUAAGGCUUGGGUAGUGGUCUGAGUUAGGCUAUUAAAUAGAAUGGGAAAUUAAUGGAAGCUGAUGUAAGGAUACUCGGACAUAACACCUGUGUGUGAGUGUGUGUGUACAUGUGCUUUUGAUAUACUCUUUCCUUCAUCCUAUUCCCAACAAUUGACCAGACUCAUGCAACACAAAUAUAGAAACAAACAAACACACAUGCAGACGUGUCAUGUUGAAUGAGUUUUAUACAUCCAACACCCUCCAUUUCUUUUCUUUAAUUUAACCCUUUUCUAUUUGAAUUAUUUUUGUUUUAUUUUUAUUUUAUUUUUGUUACUGCAUGAAGUGCUUGUGUUUAUAUUGUUACAUAUUUUGUUACAACAGCUGAUUUCUCCCCGAGUUUGGACUAAACACAUCAACACGCACCUUUCCACCCAGACUGUACUAAUCCACUUUCUAGUUACAGAGUUCUCUACAUUUUUUUUUUCUGCAUAAUACCUGGCUGGUUCUUACAUAACCAUUGCCACCACAAGUAGGCCUAUUUAAUGUUUUUAUGUUUUUCAGACUCAACGACAUCUCAAUUUCAAAUAAUUCCUCCAGUUCUGGGUGAAAGGAGUGUUUUGGUGUGUGGUCCUGUGAUUCUCUGCUGUGUAUUAAACCUGUGUAUAAGUUCAGGGGUUUCAAAGCUACUACGUGUGUUGUAAAUACUACCUUAUCACUCAGUACCUCUGUACAAUCUGUAAAUAAGUAAAGGUUACAUUUUUCUA